UUUCUGCUCAUCUCUCUGCUUUAGUACAAAGGGAUGCUUAUUGAUCAUGUGGCUGAGCCUCAACCUCUUCUCCAGCUGACCCCACUUGGGAAUUCCAGUGACAAAAUUGUAUUGCUGAGUUUCAAUUCAUAGUUCUAUUGGGAUGGAUUUCAAGUGAAGAUCAAAUUUUGAAGAUCUGGUUCUAAUCACUUUUAGUGAUAUUUCAUAUUGGUUUUCUUUGAGUUUUCUAUUAUAGCCUUAUGAAAGCUGCAGAAUCAUUUGAAAUUUCAAUGGCUUCAAGAGUGGAGAUUGAUGAAGAUAGUGAUACCAACAAAGGCAGUAUGUGGGUUUUGGAUCAGAAGCUUGACCAACCCAUGGAUGAGGAGGCUGGCAGGCUUAGAAAUAUGUACAGGGAAAAGAAGUUCUCUGCACUAUUGCUUAUGCGGCUUGCAUUCCAAAGUCUUGGAGUGGUUUUUGGAGAUUUGGGUACUUCUCCCUUGUAUGUUUUCUACAAUACAUUUCCUCAUGGAAUUUCAGACCCGGAGGAUGUGGUUGGAGCUCUGUCAUUGAUAAUAUACUCUCUUACUCUUAUCCCGCUCCUCAAAUAUGUGUUCGUUGUUUGUAGGGCGAACGACAGUGGUCAAGGUGGAACAUUUGCUCUUUAUUCAUUGCUCUGCCGACAUGCAAAUGUAAAAACUAUUCCUAACCAACACCGGACUGAUGAAGAGCUAACAACGUAUAGUCGUUCUACUUUCCAUGAACAAUCAUAUGCUGCAAAAACCAAGAAGUGGUUGGAGGGGCAUGCAUCAAGGAAGAAUGCCCUUCUUCUUCUGGUCCUCGUUGGCACUUGUAUGGUGAUUGGUGAUGGGAUUCUUACUCCAGCUAUAUCUGUUUUAUCAGCUGCUGGCGGGAUCAAAGUAAGCAGCCCUGGCAUGAAAAAUGAUUAUGUCAUACUUGUUGCUGUUGUAAUAUUAGUAGGCUUGUUUAGCGUACAGCACUAUGGUACAGAUAAAGUUGGUUGGCUCUUUGCUCCCAUUGUGCUUCUUUGGUUUCUCUUAAUUGGAGGUAUUGGCAUAUUCAACAUCUGGAAACAUGACAGUAGCGUUUUGAGAGCUUUUUCGCCCGUCUAUAUAUAUCGGUAUUUUAAAAGGAAUGGGAGAGAUGGUUGGACUUCCCUUGGAGGUAUCAUGCUUAGUAUAACAGGGACUGAAGCACUCUUUGCCGACCUUGCCCAUUUUCCAGUUUCAGCUGUACAGAUUGCUUUCACUACGGUUGUGUUUCCUUGCCUUCUUUUAGCCUAUUCUGGACAAGCUGCGUACCUUAUGAAAUAUCAUGACGACAAAACUGUGCUUCAAGCAUUUUAUCGUUCCAUUCCAGAGAAAAUAUAUUGGCCAGUCUUCAUUGUUGCGACUCUAGCUGCAAUAGUUGCAAGUCAAGCAACUAUAUCGGCGACUUUUUCAAUAAUUAAGCAGGCUCUUGCACUUGGCUGUUUUCCUAGAGUCAAAGUUGUACACACAUCAAAGAAGUUCCUCGGCCAAAUAUAUAUUCCAGAUAUUAAUUGGAUUCUUAUGAUUCUUUGCAUUUCUGUGACUGCUGGAUUCAAAAAUCAAAGCCAAAUUGGAAAUGCAUAUGGGACGGCAGUUGUUGUGGUCAUGCUAGCAACCACACUGCUCAUGACUCUAAUCAUGAUAUUAGUGUGGCGCUGUCAUUGGAUUCUUGUCCUGAUAUUCACUGGUUUGUCACUGGUUGUGGAAUGCACUUACUUUUCUGCUGUCCUCUUCAAGGUUGAUCAAGGUGGAUGGGUUCCUCUUGUGAUUGCAGCUGCCUUUCUUCUCAUCAUGUAUGUUUGGCAUUAUGGUACAUUGAAACGUUAUGAGUUUGAGAUGCACAGUAAGGUUUCAAUGGCAUGGCUUCUUGGACUUGGCCCCAGUUUAGGAUUGGUUCGGGUCCCUGGGAUAGGACUUGUGUACACUGAGCUUGCAAGUGGAGUGCCUCACAUCUUUUCCCACUUCAUCACCAACCUGCCUGCGAUCCAUUCUGUUGUCGUCUUUGUUUGUGUGAAGUAUCUUCCUGUAUACACUGUCCCAGAAGAAGAAAGAUUCCUUGUAAAGCGGAUUGGCCCCAAGAGUUUCCACAUGUUCCGUUGCGUUGCAAGAUACGGUUACAAAGACCUCCACAAGAAAGAUGAUGACUUUGAGAAAAAACUCUUCGAUAACCUUUUCAUGUUUGUCCGGCUCGAGUCCAUGAUGGAGGGGUGUUCAGACUCGGAUGAGUACAGUAUAUAUGGCCAGCAAACUGAGAGGUCAAGGGAAGGCCUAAUAAAUAAUAAUGGCAACACAAUUGGAUCGACUGCGGACCUUACUAUCUCAUCAGUGGACUCAAUUGUGCCUGCUAAAUCUCCAUUGCAUGCAAACAAUACUACGAGUUCAUCCAGUCAACUGAGCAUGCAGAAUGAGAUUGAUGAGCUAGAAUUUUUGAAUAAUUGUAGGGAUUCUGGGGUGGUGCAUAUACUUGGGAACACGAUCGUGAGAGCAAGGAGGGAUUCCAGGUUCUACAAAAAGAUAGCUGUUGAUUACAUUUAUGCAUUUCUUAGAAAAGUUUGCAGGGAGCACAGUGUGAUCUUCAAUGUUCCUCAUGAGAGUCUAUUGAAUGUUGGACAGAUUUUCUAUGUGUAAAUUUUCUGUCUAUCAUCAAUGAAACUUAUAUCAUACUGUAAAUGCCGAUUGUUUUUCACUCUAGUUGCGUUUUAAAUCAUAUUAGGAAUGCAAUUAAAAAGUAAAGAAGUGUUGAGAAAAUCUUGACAAA